AUAUCAUAUGAAGGGAUAUACAGAAAAUCAGGACCAGUGACACAAAUUAACCGAAUUGUGUCAGCAGCCAACAAAGGCGAGGAUCUUGAUUUUGACGAUGAAGAAAACCACAUUGAUGUAACUGCCAUCACCUCUGCUCUUAAGCAGUUCUUCCGGGAGCUUCCUGAUUCGCUUAUAUGUAGCAAAUUUUACAAUAGCUUUCUUGAUGCAUUAAAAAAACGGUCAGGCGAGGAGCGAGAUGCUGCAUUUAAAGAGAUUUUGAUUCAACUUCCAAAGGAACAUUUUGUCACACUUUCAUUUGUAAUGUGGCAUUUACACCGAGUACAACAAAAUUCUCCGAUAAACUUAAUGGUUGCUUCAAACCUAGGAGUUGUGUUUGGACCGACGCUAUUGAGACCAGCCGUACAGGAUCCCCAACUGGAUCUGAUUGAUGCGAAUUCAAAAUGCGGAGUGAUUGAGUAUUUUGUUACUAAUACGCCUGCAUUUUUCCAAAUAUAA